CCUUCAAAUCAAUUCUUCCAUCCCCAACUAUCAGACCAUCUCCCUACCUAAGCUCCCUCACUCACUCGCCUUUACUUAUCGAUCUCGAUCAUCCACGAGCUAGCUAGCAGUGCUCGCCAUGGCCGGCGGCGAGGCGCAUGCGGCGCUGCAGGCGGUGGCGCAGAGCCUCCGGUGGACCUACAGCCUCCUCUGGCAGCUCUGCCCCCACCAAGGGAGCUCGCUGGUGUGGGGGGAGGGGCACUACAACGGCGCCGUCAAGACGCGGAAGUCGACGGUGAUGCAGCCGCCGCCGGCGGAGGAGGAGGACGACGCCGACCACGCGGCGCGCCACCGGAGCCGGCAGCUGAGGGAGCUCUACGACUGGCUGCAGCAGGCCGGGGAGAACUCCAGCGGCGGCGUGCAGACGUCGUCGACGACGGCGAGCCGGCGGCCGGGGGCGGCUCUGUCGCCGGAGGACCUGACGGAGACGGAGUGGUUCUUCCUCAUGUCGGCAUCCUACUCCUUCCCUCCCGGCAUCGGGUUACCUGGAAGGGCAUUUGCAAGGAGAGGCCAUGUAUGGCUCACUGGAGCAAAUGAAGUUGACAGCAAAGUAUUCCUAAGAGCAAUUCUUGCCAAGAGUGCUGGUAUCCAGACAGUUGUGUGCAUUCCUGUUGUCGAUGGCGUCCUGGAAAUUGGAACUACGGAAAAGGUGGAGGAAGAUAUGGGCCUGAUUCAGUAUGCAAGGGGCAUCUUCAUGGAUCAACAUGGCAUCCACAUGAAGCCUACCCUCUCACAGCACUCAACAUCCAACCCAGUCACCCACUGUACUCAUCAGCAUCCAAUCCAGGUUCAGAUGCAACUAGGUAUCACCAGCCAAACAAAGUUUGAUUAUUCAGAUGAGCUCAAUGCAGAUGAGGAGAAUGAUGACACAGAAGAAGAGGGCAUGUCAGGUUCAGACACUAACAACACUGACACUGAAAGGAAUUCAGGCCAGCUGCAACUUCAAAUGCAAGACCAACUGAACAUGGUGAGCAAUGACCACCAGACAAUACCAAAUAAUGCAGUUUCCAGUGAGCUAAUGCAGUGUGAGAUGUCAGAAGUGGUAAGAGAUGGCUGCUCAAAUAAUAUUUUAGAGGAUGAAAUCCAAAUGCUGAUGGAUUGCCAAAACAGUAAUUGUCAGUUAAAUUUGCAAGGGCCAGAUGAGCCUUGUCACUCUUGGCAUUUUCUCUGCGAGGAGUUACAAAAUGAUUACCAGCCAGCUACUGAAGAUCAAGUGGCAUCACCUGAAAAUACCCAUUACCCAAAAACACUCAUGACAAUCCUACAUUACAACACGCUGCGACAGCAAGAGAUGAACAUCAAGAACUACUUGCCAGUUUCAGAGAAAUCAUCAUUCUCCAGAUGGACUACUCCUGAAGGAAGUGAUGACAACAAGACCAUGAUCAGUCCAGGCACCACACAGAGAAUGCUCAAGAGCAUCCUGAUGAUUGUUCCCAGUAGUCACUGCAGUUACAGGGGAGCAGAAACACCUGAAUCAAGGGGCGGGAAAGGCGCAAGUGGUGCCAUCCAAGGUGAUUUCAGUGCCAACCAUGUGCUGAAAGAGAGGAGAAGAAGAGAGAAGCUCAAUGAGAAGUUCAUAAUUCUGCGAUCUUUGGUACCUUUCAUGACAAAGAUGGACAAGGCGUCGAUACUAGGCGACACGAUCGAGUACGUGAAGCAGCUAAGGAACCGCAUACAAGAGCUCGAGUCGUCGUCGUCGUCGUCACGAGCAGCCGCCCGGGCGCCAUCGGCGGCGGCCGCCGGGAGGCGGAGGAAGAGAUCCGCCGCCGCCGCCACUGCCACGGCGGCGGAAGGGAUGAGCAGCAGCAAUGGCCGCAAUGGCGGCGAGGCGGCGGAGGUGGUGCAGGUGUCCAUCAUCGAGAGCGACGCGCUGCUGGAGCUCCGGUGCGGUUGCGGCGGCGGCGGCGGCGGUGUGGUGCUGCUCCGGGUGAUGCAGGCGAUGCAGGAGCUCCAGCUGGAGGUCACCGCCGUCCAGGCCUCGUGCGCCGGUGGCGAGCUGCUCGCCGAGCUGCGCGCCAAGGUGAAGGGGAGGAGGAGGAGCAGCAUCGCUCAGGUGAAGAGGGCCAUCCAUCUCGUCCUCUCCUCCUCAUCGAUAUCACCCUGAAUUAAUUAAUAAUUAAUCUAGCUUCGUGCAUGAAUGCAUGCCACAAAUAUAUACAAAUUUACCAUAUCAAUAUGUGAGAGAGUAAUAAUCAUAUAAUUGCAAUCAAGCACCUGUGCUGCAUGCAUAUAUA